UACACAUUUUAAUUCACUUUUGACUAUUUAUUUCUAAAGGUUCAAAAACACCUAAAAUUAAUGUGAAUCACAAUAGUUCACAUGAUAUCCAGUCCCAAUUACAAAAGUGUUGAAAUAAAUAUCACUACGUAUAAAUACAAUAUCGCCAAAAAUAUGACCGAAGACAGAUUUGAUAGACGAUUUUCUAAAAACAAACAAAACCGGUACAUAUGCUCUGUAUGUUUAAACCGAAAACGAUCCAACGAAGAUUAUAAGAACAUCGAAAGUAAUAAUCGAAGGUCUUGUCCUAUUUGUCAAGAAGGACGAGACUACGAUUUUGAAACCAGUUGCGCAGAUCAAAAUGCCCAUAAAGAUAUUAAUAAUAUACAUCAAACAAACGAAACUUUAGGCAAUGAUAUAGAAAAACGUGGAAAAAACAUACAAACUUCUCAGCCAGAUAUUACACAAGGUAUGUCGUUAUUGAAUGAAGUGCUGAAUGUGUUUCAAAGUAAAAAACAAUUAGACAAUAAAGAUAAAUCAUACAAAACAAUAAUAUUGAAAGAUGCAAGUGUUAGCACAGAAGAGAACAAGAAAGACGGCCCAAAACUGUCUCUUAGUAAAAUAUUUUACUGUUCCAUUGAAGAAACUAGCCAAAUGUACAAUAAGUUUGUCAUCAUAAAUUGUCAGCCAGAAACAACUAAAACUUCGCAAUUUUCAAUCGACUUAAUCAACAGAAAAUCAUCAUCAAUACCUCAAAUGAAAUUAGAGGAAUUAAAGAAAUCUUUGAAAGAAAAAACAAAAUCGAAAGACGCGAUCGAAGAAGUUAACAGGAUGUUUGCAAGUGUAAGAAAAUAUGAAAUCACUCAAAAUUUAGAUAUUCCAAACAGACCGAUGGUACGGAAUGGCCCUAGAGUGUUGCCUGUUGUAAAAACUCCAACCGAAGAUAAAGGUACAAAGGGUGACUCUCCAAAAAAUUCUCGAAAUUGUCAAACAAAUUACAAAAUGUCUAGCGGUGAUUCUUACGAAUACUGCCAUACAAACGAAAGAUGUGAAAAUUGUUUUUACAUGAAGUGCCACUACCAACAUCGUUCAAAGUCUGGAGCUGCUUGUCCAAAUUGUCGUAAGGAAUGUGACCACAGCAAAUGA